AUGAAGGCUGAUCAACCUGGAUCUUCCGUUCCUCAGUCUGUCAUGGACCAAAUCCUUGCAAAACUGUCUCCAAAAGACGGCAAAGCGGGUGGUUCAGCUUGCGACCCGGCCACCAAACCUAUGGAUACCCAGCCCCGUUUGGCAAGACAGCCAUCUGGAGAAAAUGGAACUUCUCAUGUAAACCAUGCGGAGUUAACUCCUGCAAUUGAAGGCCACAUCCCGCUUGCCUCUACUAACCAGCCAAACUUGACCGUUUGGCAAAAUACUGUGAACACUGGAAAAGUAAUGGAUACUCAGGAGAUGUUUCGCUUACAGCAAGAAUUGGAAGCUGCGAAUUCUCGUAUUGCUCUACAAGAGCAAGAGCUUGCUCAGACCCGUGUUAUCAAACAAACCCUGGAUCAAGCUAUGGGACCUCCAUCUGAAGUUGACUUUGGCGGACGUGAGAUCACCGAGCAGACAAUCAGCAGCCUGCAGAACGCCUUCAAUGCGUCCACCCGCCAGUUCAAUCAACGCCAAGAGCAAUGGGCUAUGCAAGAUGACGCUCACUCUGACAUCUCAGAGGCUGUCUCUGCAGGAGGCUAUAAUAGAGCUCGUGGCAUAUGGAAUGCUCAAUCUCAACCACCAGUGAAUAACUUUGGCAAUGCUGACAAGAUCAGCCGUGACUUCAUGUUGCAUGAAUCGAGUAUUAGCAGUGAUACUGCCCGCAGUUGGGGAACUCGCCCUAGUCAACCGGGAUGUAACCCCCAUACUGGAUUUUCUAUUAAUCAACGUAUGUUUCCAGGACAUUCAAGCCCACCAUAUGGGUUUGAUAACCGAUAUUUGACAGAACCAGCCCCUCAAAUUCAGGCACAUGGUGGCCGACGGUCCACUCAAGUUAGUCGUGGAUCUUCGUGCUUCCCUCCGCAGACCUCGCCAUGGGGUACAUUUUCCCCAUCCUUGACUCCAGCCAAUUCUAUCCCUAGGCCAGCUAGCCAGCAACAGGCCGCAAAUUUUCAGCCACAGACUACCUAUCCGGCUGUAAACACGUAUCAGCCCCGCCCAAUUGGCACACCACUAUCACCAAUGGCAGCUGAGUUUACUGGUUACCCAGCUACCCCUGCAUCCUGGGCACCUUCUGUAAGCACUGAAAAUACCGUUACGAGCUUCAAUUUCAGAGCUGACUUUGCUUUUAGGCCACUUCCGGAGCUGCUUCCACUUAUGUUUCUCCACUUGAACCAUUGA